GCAGUUUUAGUAAUGGUUGAUGUAAAUAAAAAAAAGAGAAGACAACGACGUUGGUGGCGUACUAAUUUAUUCAAGAAACGCAGUGGUACGGGAAUUUUAAUGGACCUAAAGUCGCAAGAAAUAAGCGGACAGUAUAAAAAUUUCACUCGAAUGACACCUACUGACUUUGAGAAUCUGCUGCAAAGGAUUGGACCCCAUAUUUCAAAACAGGAGACUUAUUUUCGUACUCCAAUCUCUGCCCAAGAUAGGUUAGCCGUAACACUUCGGUUUCUUGCCACGGGAGAUUCAUAUACUAGCCUUCAGUAUCUAUUCAGAAUUUCCAAGCAGUCGAUUGGGCGUGUAGUACCCCAAGUUUGUGCUGCACUAAUUAAGGAAUUGCAGGGAUAUAUCAAGCUACCUAAGACUCCCACAGCUUGGAAACAAGUUAGCAAGAUAUUUGAAACUCGUUGGAACCUUCCUCAUUGUGUUGGUGCCCUAGAUGUAAAACACGUUGUUUUACAAGCACCAGUGAAAUCGGGUACCGAAUUCUUCAAUUAUAAAUCCAAUUUUAGUAUUGUGCUUUUCGCACUGGUUGAUGGUGAUUAUAACUUUAUGUUUGCUGACGUAGGCUGCCAAGGAAGAAUUUCUGAUGGGGGGUUUUUAAGGCAAGCAAAUUAUAUCAGCAGCUUACAGAAAACAGACUAG